CAGGUUCUCGGGGAGUUGAUGAGUGGCUUUGUCGAGCAGCAGCAAGCACUGCAGCAGGAGGGACGUGAAAUAGAACGCCUGCUGCUUGCUGCAGAGGCAGCAGCACAGCAGCUGCACGAGCAGCAAGCUGCUGCAGCCAGCCUCAUACGGGAGGAAGAGAUCGCACAAGACGCAGAGAGGCAGCGGCAACAGCCGAAGCAGAAGAAGGCGCUUUGCAUCAGCAGCAGCAGCAGCAGCAGAACGGAGGAGCAACAAAGGAGGGUUGAGGUUGCCGUGUCUGGAAGCGACAGUUUGCCUCCGAGACGCAGUGCUGCUGCCUUUGCUGCCCUGCUACCUCCAAUCACUGCUGCAGAGGAUCUGCUGCAGCAGUUCGACAAACUGAGGCGAACGACACAGCAGCAGCAACAACAGCUGCUGCACUCUUUCUUUGAAACUUCGGCUGCGGGUUUACAGCAGCAGCAGCAGCAGCAGCAGCAGCAGCAGCACAGCGAUCGCGGGGAUCUUUUGCAGCAGCAGCAGCUGCUGCCGAGCAGCUCCAGCAGCGGCAGCCUCUGUGCAGUCUCAGCUAGAGACUCCGAACUGCAGGUGACACCAUCCACGCGAUUACACCCUCAAGAGGGGAUCUUUCGAGCAGCAGCAGAUGCAGCGGCAGCCUUUACACCAGCAACAUCCACAGGAGUAGAACCACGACCAACGUUUUUUGUACUACCGGCAGCAGUGGAAAUCGUUGGCUCCCUUUCUAUCCCUGAGAUUCGCGUGAGGGAGGAGCUGUUCGCAACGACAGGAGGGACUGAUGCUCCUGCUGCAGUUGUUGCCCUGCAAGCUGUUGUACAGCGAGCUGCUGCUGCUGCUGCUGCUGCUCCUGCUCCUGCUGCUCCUGCAACAUCCGAAACUGCAAAUGCUGGGAUUUCUCGGGGAGACCUUUCGCAGCCGCCGACUGCGUCUCCUGAUGUUGCUGCCACAGAUCUCCCCCAGCAGGGAGACUUUGCAGGAAGCAGCUCGAACACGCCGUUCCAGACUCCAACAGCUUCUCCGUCGCAGUCACCUCGGCUGGGGGGCAGCAGCAGCAGCAGCACAGGCAGCAGCAGCAGCAGUACAGGCAGCAGCAGCAGUAACCCCUUUAUCGCAUGCUUCCGCCAGCGCAGCAGAUCUGCAUCAUCUCGACGGGGGAGUGUGCGCAGCCCUUCACACGUGCAGACACCCCGGGAUGCGGCUUUAUUCAGCGCUGCUGCAGGCAGUGAGACACAUCACCGCAGUUGCAGCAGCACAGACAACAGCACUGACAGCAGCAGCGCACGGCCUAAUGGUCAGUCUCAGCAGUCCCUUGUGCCAGAAGAAGAGCAAUAUGCCGCUUGGUAG